UGUAUUAUUUUUCUAUCUACGUGGCUUUACCGAAAGACCCAAAGAAUAUGAAUUCCUGCAGUCACGAAAGCUUUAAAUCAAGUAUGUGUAUGUUAUACUCUUAGGUUUUUUCGGUAACGUCACGUAGGUAAAAUAAUAAUAAAAAUAAAAUAAUAAUAAAUGAAAAUAAAUCAAUGAAAUCACGACGUUUCGGAGGCAACACAAGCUUCCUUCAUCAGGUGUAAAAAGGUACAGCAAAAUAACUGUACCUACAGUUAUUUUGUACCUGCUCAGCGUGGAUCGGCGGAGUGUUUGAGGGCGAAUGGCAGCUUUCAAGGCGUCGCGUUUUGUGUGCAUGUUUGCGCUUCCUCUCUUGAUCUCUUGCUCUUUCACACAAAGUUCUCGCGCCUGCACGCAGCAGAAGAAUCACAGGCCCAUCAUCGGGGUUUUGUGCCAGGAGACUGUGACCGGGCUGAGUGCGCUGGGUCCGAGCUACAUCGCCGCAUGGUGCGUCAAGUUCUUGGAGUCCAGCGGUUCCAGGGUAGUUCCCAUCAGGGUGGGUUUGAGCAAGAGUGAAUACACGGACGUCUUUUACUCAAUAAAUGGCCUUUUUAUCCUCGGCGGAGAUGUGGACUUGGUGACUUCUGCUUAUGCCAAAGCUGCCAAAAUACUGUUCGACCUCGUCAUGCAGAACCUUCUCAGGAUCACGUGCACCCAGGACGUGGCGCUGCCCCUCAACCUCACCAAGGAAUCCAAACAAAGCAAGCUUUUCCGGAAUUUCCCCAAAGGCGUUCUGGACACCUUGGCUUCUGAGUCCAUGACGGGCAACAUGCACAACUGGAGCCUCUCACUCAAGAACUUUUCUGCAAAUGAGAAGCUGAGAAAUUUCUAUCGCGUUUUGACUACAAACACCGACUCCAGUGGGGUGGAGUUUAUCUCCACGAUGGAAGCCUACCACUACCCUGUCUACGCACUGCAAUGGCACCCGGAGAUGAACCCGUACGAGUGGGCCAACCAGCGAGCUCUGGUUCACAGUGACGGGGCCAUCAGAGCUGCCUUCCACAUGGCUGCUUUCCUCGUUAGCGAGGGUGAACCACCACACGUGGACAGAAGGGAAAGGCGUUUCACUUGGAGUAAAUGUUUCACUCGCUGGUGCCGGGUGAAUUGCAAAAACGCAAUUUCUUUAUAUGUCUAAUAACGGUGAAUUAUGCGAGCAAUAAAUAUAAGUAGGUUAUCGUGAAAUUCGGUUUCAUUGGACAACUAAAUACAUCCGUGUCACCGAUGUUUUGGCCCUUGAGGUAGGACCAAAUUCCACUCUGGACCUUGGACAAAGCUUUGCAGAGCGAGUGUCACAUUGCAUUGGCAUUGCAUAUAGAUGUACCAAUUUACAAAGAUGAUCAUAACUGACUGAUGUAAUUUUUGUAUGAUGUUCUAGAAAGCGUUGUUAACUAAUACACAUCCAAAAACAUAAUUAUUUUUUUAGGCUCCCAAAAAUGAUGACCGACUUCAAAUGCGUAAGAACGGUCUUUAAAUGUGUGAAAUCUACUUUUAAAUCACUUAUUGUUUGAAGUGUGGCACUAAAACCAAUAAGUUAACAAAGCCCAUUGCAGAUCACCAUUGUGUACGUGUGUUUAUGUGUAUACUACACACACACACGGCUAUUCGCAUGGCUCUCUCGUACUUUUGAAUCACAUUAUCUUUAACGCCCAUGUUAUAGUUGCCUAAACGACGCGUUGUAAUAAAACAUCAACACUCGCAUGCUGUGGGUUAGCAUCGUUACGCUUAAAACUAAAAUUGCAAAGUAUUUACUCAGUUCACAAACAAUAAUUGGCUUAGGUCCUUAGGCACGUCCAUUGGAUUCCUUGUGAAACGUAGCGCCAGCAUUGGCUGCGGUCACAAAUGACCCCUCAACCAGCCCCAACAAGCCCCUGCCAUUGCCUUCACUCCCCCGGGGCUCAGAAGGCGACCUGUCGUCGUGACCCCAUGGAAAUGGCCCACGGGGGAGUUGUA